AUGCUGGCGCAUGUCCUUCUUGCUUCUGUGGCAAUCGCGAAUGUUGCGACUGCAUCGUUACAGAUAGUUCCGGGCGCGACAUGGACUGCUGCAGGGACAAACCAACAUAUACAAGCCCAUGGAGGUGGCAUCAUUGAAGUGGACGGCACGUACUACUGGGCUGGCGAGAAUCACCUGAACGGGAGUGCCUUCCAGUCCAUCAAUUGCUAUUCUAGCACAAAUCUGGUCGAGUGGGCUUUUGAGAGUGAAUUGCUCUCCUUGCAGAGCAGCGGAGACCUGGGUCCCGACCGCAUCGUCGAACGGCCCAAGAUCAUCUACAAUGAGGACACCUCCACGUAUGUGAUGUGGAUGCACAUUGACGAUAGCUCUUACGCCGAAGCGAAAACGGGGGUAGCCACCUCCUCAAGCGUCUGCGGACAGUAUGAUUAUCUUGGAUCGUUCCAGCCGUUGGGCCAUCAGUCGCGCGAUAUCGGUCUGUUCAAGGAUGACGAUGGAACAGCAUACUUGCUUUCUGAAGAUCGCCCGAACGGCUUGCGAAUUGACCGGUUGACCGACAACUACCUCAAUGUUUCCUAUACCACUCACCUAUUUCCGGAGCAUUACGAGGCACCAGCCAUCUACAAGCAGGACGGCGAUGGUGUACGUGCUGCCAAUGAUAACAAGUACACCACCUCCACAGACCUUAAUGGCACAUGGAGUGAUUGGAGUGACUUUGCGACCGCGGGAACGGACACCUACGACUCCCAGACCUCCUUUGUGAUGCAGGUUGGGAAGAGCGUGAUGUACAUGGGCGACCGCUGGGUCUCAUCGAAUCUGAUGGCUUCGACGUACAUCUGGCUACCCUUGACAUUGAGUGGAACCAACGCGACCUUGAUCGAUAGCUCCAACUGGAUCCCCUCCACAGACGGCACCUGGUCGUCUGGGGGCGACGAAACCGACCCCGAAGCUGAGGCAUCCACCAGCGUCCUGUCCAACGGAGCGAAGGUCAUCUCGUGCAGUGGCUGCUCGGGCGACGAAUCUGUUGGCUGGAUCGGAGGGUCCGACAAUGGGACACUCGAGAUGCGCAACAUCUCCAGCGACGCGUCAACCACGACCACCAUCCAGGUGCGGUAUGAAAACGGGGAUUCCACCCAGCGCUACGCCACCGUCACGGUGAACGGCAAGUCGCAGAUUCUGGCAUUCAUACCGUCUGAUAGUGGAAACACGCCGGCCACGUCGGUGCUGAACGCCCAACUGGAGAGCGGCGAUGACAAUGUCAUCACCUUCAGUGCGUAUGAGGAGGAAUAUGGUCCCGAUAUCGAUCGGUUGCUCGUUCCCGACGAGUAA